AUGGAAGACUAUGCAAAAGAAUUGGCAGAUGACUUCGACAGUUCCGAAAGCGAAGAAGAAUUAGUCCAAGAAUCGGAGGUCCAACAACCUCUUAACCAAUCCUCGGACGAUACCCUUUCUUUUGAAGCUAGACUCAAACAACUUCUUGAAACAAACUUAAUAGAUAGUCGACUCCAGGCUAUCCUCGAGGGUUCAGGCACUCUGGGAGUUACUGACUUCUACAAGUUUUCUCGAGUUUACCCUUUGAUACCUGAUCUCAAGGCACGCAUUGCCAAGUACUCGGAUCAGCAGGACUCGGACUAUGCUGAACUCUUAUCAUUCGUGAACGAAGAAAACCAAACUGAAGAAUACAAGUUCUUGUUGGCAGUGAAUGAAAUCUCGACGUUGAUAAAUCAGGACAUCGAGGUCUUUCAUACAUUGGUGAAGAUCCAAUACAAAUCAGUUUUUCCAGAGUUGGAGUCGUUGGUCUUGAAUCCAGUGGACUACGCAAGAAUUGUUACAAUUAUACGACAAGACUUGGCCAAUAUUAGACAACACGAGGACAAGCUCAAACUAUUGGUGUCGAACGAAAAGGUCUUGGUGAUCAUCAUGGCCGCGAUCCAGCAAGUACGGCAGCAAUUUACAUUGGACGAGGAAGAUUUAGGUAAAAUUUUAUCGUGCUGUGGGAUUCUAAUGGAGCUUGAUGCUAUUUUAAAUGAACUAUCUACUUUCAUAACUGAAAAAUUAGCCAAAUUUGCUCCUAAUAUCAGUGCAAUUAUCGGACCUAUUACUACCUCACAAUUGCUAAUUGCCACUGGUUCACUCAGACAGCUAGCACUCACGCCGUCUUGCAACUUGCCAUCGCUUGGUGUGAAAGACUUAUCAUCCCAGUCCAAAACAAGAGCUAGAUACAGACAAGCAGGUUACUUGUACCACUCGGAUCUCAUCAAAUUUUUGCCUGAAGAUAUCGUGCGAUCAGUCCUUAGAAUUAUAAGUGGAAAAGUUAUUUUGGCAGCAAGAAUAGAUCUCUCCAAUUCCAAACCUGGUGGAGAGAUUGGAAGGGGUUACCUACAAGAAAUUUCCCAGAAAAUAGAUAAGUUGUUGACACCUCCUGAACAGCAACCAGAUAAAGCGUUGCCAAUACCAAAAGAACAAAAAUCCAAGAAGAGAGGUGGUAAAAGAUUCCGAAAGAUGAAGGAAAGAACCCAAAUGUCCGAAUUGCGUAAAGCCCAGAAUAAAAUGGAAUUUGGUAAAGAGGAAGAUACAGUCAUGGAUGCAUUUGGCGAAGAGAUUGGAAUGGGGAUGAGUCGGAGUGGUGGUGGGAGAAUUGGACAGAUCAAAAUCAACACAAAUACGAAUGCAAGAAUGACCAAGGCCAUGGCAAGUAGAGUACUGAAACAGAACCACAAUCAGAGCAAUAACCACCUUGACGAUUUUAAUUCUAUCCUCUUGCCUGCAAGCACCCCCAAGGCUAUAGAGUCAAAAACAAACACAGAGAAAUGGUUUACUGGAUUGUUGAAACGAAAGCCUGAAGCUACUGAAGCCACUGACUCAAAAAAACAAAAACUAGAAUAA